AUGUCUGACGGGAGACUGCAGUCUUCGCGGGACGACCGGCGAAGAGAGCGCGACGGAGGCGAUCCCCGCCGCCGCCGCUCACGCUCCCCUGGACACCGACGCGAGCGCCGUGACUUCGCCGAGGUAGACACCUAUUCCUCUAGCAGAGACUACCGAGAGCGUGAGAGGGAGGACAGGUACUCCGGCCGUGGUGGCGGCGGCGGCGGUGACAGGCGUGACAGAGACUGGGACCGCGAGCGUGGGGCCGCCGGCCGCAGAGAUCAUCGGGAUGGAGACCGCAGGCGCGAUGACCGCAGGGACCGCGACCUGUUCGACGACAGGCGCAGAGGGCCGCGCGAUGACAGAGAUCGGCGUGGAGGAGAGGACCGUGUGCGCGAACGCGAUGACAUGCGCCAGAUGGAGCGGCAGGCCAGGAACAAGAGCGCGUCACCCGUCCGCAAGCCCAAGGAGCCCACACCAGACCUCACCGAUGUGGUUCCGAUUACCCAGAGGAAGCGCAGGAUGACGCAGUGGGACAUCAAGCCUCCGGGUUACGAGAAUGUCACCGCAGAGCAAGCCAAACUGUCCGGCAUGUUUACACUCCCCGGCGCACCACGACAACAGCAAAUGGACCCGGCCAAGCUACAGGCCUUCAUGAACCAACCCGGCAACCAAGCCGCCGCCUCCGCCCUCAAGCCUGCCACUGCUCGCCAGUCGAAGCGUCUGUUUGUGCACAAUCUACCCGCCUCCGCGACGGACGAGACUCUCGGCGAUUUCUUCAAUCUCCAACUCAACGGCCUCAAUGUUACCCGCGGUCCAGAUCCAUGCAUCUCCGCCCACGUCAGCCAGGAUCGCUCCUAUGCGCUUCUAGAAUUCAAGACAGCAGAGGACGCCACCAACGCAAUCGCCCUCGACGGCAUCGAAAUGGAGCCCGAAGCAAUGGACACGUCGAACGGCGACGCUAACGGCGCCCCCAAAGGCCUCCAAAUCAAGCGACCAAAAGACUACAUCACACCCGCCGUCACCGACGACAGCGCCACCGAGGGCGGCGUGUUGAACAACAUCGUCCCCGACACGCAAAACAAGCUCUCCAUCACCCGCAUCCCCAUCUUCCUCGCCGAAGACCAAAUCCAAGAACUCCUCCUCUCCUUCGGCGAGCUGAAGAGCUUCGUCCUCGUCAAGGACACCUCGAGCGACCAGAGCCGCGGCAUCGCCUUCUGCGAGUACGCCGACGCCGCCACCUCGACCGACAUCGCGGAGCAGAGUCUGAACGGGAUGGAGCUCGGCGACAGCAAGUUGAAAGUGCAGCGCGCCAGCGUCGGCAUCCAACAGGUGGGCGGCGAAAUGAGCGUCAACGCGAUGAGCAUGAUGGCCGGCACGACCAACAGCGGCGCCGAAGCAGGCCGAGUCCUCUGCCUAAUGAACAUGAUCACCCCCGAAGAAUUGAUGGACGCCGACGAAGCAGACGAAAUCCUCGAAGACGUCAAAGAAGAAUGCAGCAAGUACGGCACGCUGCUCGAGGUCAAAAUGCCGCGCCCCGCAGGCGGCAGCCGCGCCAACGCCGCCGGUAUCGGCAAAAUCUACAUCAAGUACGAGGCUGCUGCGUCGGCGCAGAAGGCGCUCGCCGCGCUGGCGGGCAGGAAGUUUGCGGAUCGCACGGUUGUCGUUACCGUGUUUGGGGAGGAGUACUUUGAUGUGAAUGCUUGGUAA